AUGAAAACUAUCCCAAACCGAAAAGUUGUACUAGUAGGUGCAACAGCGUCAAUUCUAGGGUUCUGGGAAUUAGGGUAUGGCGUCUGGUUGACCGGCAAAUUAGCAUGGCCCUCGCAGAGGGCCAAAUUUACAGACUCCCAUAUCUCCCACUCGCCAUCCAUCGGUGUCGUCGACGAAGUCACAGCGUCAGCUGUCAGCUUGGAUGGAGUGGCACUCACCGGAGCUUCGACUCGAAUCACCUUUAUCAGCUUCGACUCAGAUUUAAGCCCACUAUUUCCGACAGCGAGCGAUGAUAUCAGAGAUGUGGACCUGACUAGCGUCCAUAAUUUGUCCGGUCCAAUCGCUGUGGAGGGCGCCGAGCCUAGAGACUGUCUUGUAGUUGAUAUUCUUGAUGUCAGACCGUUUGAUAAAAUGCCCUGGGGCUACACCGGUAUUUUCGAACUCAAGAACGGCGGCAGAUUGUUUGUCGGCGAGUGGUUCGUCGACCGUUCGAAAUACAUCCCUCUUCGACUCACGUACUGCGAGCGCAAGUACCUACGCCUCCUCGACGAUGCACUUCAGAAUCGAAGCACUCGAGUGCUACCAAUCGUCCAUCUCCUCUCUCUCGUUCUCAUUCUCCUCCUUGUCUUCUUCCCUUCUCCUGCUCUCGUCCAUCGUCCGUAUUCGUCUGAGCCACGUCAGCAGUUGCUGAUGUGUGCUGGGCGUUUGCGCAUGGUGUUCGUGGUGUUGGGAACAGCAUGGUGGAGCUCAGACAUCAAUUACAUGCAAUUCAGCAUGUGGGCCGCGGCUUGCAUGGGCCUAAGCCCCGGCUUUGGGCCGGCUUGGGCUCACGGCUCAGGCUUGAAAUCUGUAAAUUUGCAGGGUAAAUUUGCCGGGCUAAUUUGCCUGGUGCAAAUUCCCGGAACCCUAGUCAAUUCAUCGGGUCCCGUCUAUGCGAUUGACAAUUUGAGAAGUUGGUUUUGGUCAAGAUAUAAUGUAACCACUCACCUGGUGAAACGGUUUGGAUCGGGUACCGUGAGCAACAAGACCCGAACCGAGGAUACGUCGGCCUAA